UAUCUAGACAAACCAUUAUAUGGUUUGAAACAGGCUCUAAAACAGUGGUAUGAGAAGUUUCACACUCUCGUUCUCUCACAUGGCUUUAAGGUGAAUGAAAGUGAUAAGUGUAUUUACUGCAGGUCAGAGAAUAACACUUGCACUAUCAUAUGUUUGUAUGUAGAUGACAUGUUGAUAUUUGGUACAAAUAUUCACGUGGUCAAUGAAGCAAAAGCCAUGUUGAAAGAGAGCUUUGAGGUGAAAGAUCUGGGAGAAGCAAAGUUUAUGCUUGGAAUCCAGAUAACUAGAACAACAAAUGGUUAUUCUCUAGAUCAAUCUAGCUACAUAGAGAAGAUCAAGAAGAAAUAUAACUAUUUCGACUGUAAACCUGUGUGUACUCCGUAUGAUGCUAGUGUAAAGCUAUUUAAGAACACUGGAGACAAUGUAAGACAAACUGAGUAUGCUAGCAUCAUUGGAAGUCUCCGUUAUGCUGCGGAUUACACUUGACCAGACAUGGCAUAUGUCGUGGGAUUGCUUGGCAAGUUUAACAGUUGUCCUAGUAGAGAGCAUUGGAAUGCUAUAGAGAGGGUCAUGAGAUACCUCAAGAGAACAGCAAACCUUGAUAUUCACUAUCAAAGGUUUCCUGUUGUACUAGAAGGGUAUAGUGAUGCGGAUUGGAAUACCCUAUCAGAUCACUCCAAGGCCACCAGCAGGUAUGUUUUUAACAUUGCUAGUGGAGCUGUGUCUUGGAAGUCUAAGAAACAAACAAUCCUAGCUCAAUCAACUAUGGAAUCAGAGAUGAUAGCACUAGCAACGGCUAGUGAAGAGACGAGUUGGUUGAGAGAAUUGUUGUCAGAGAUUCCCCUAUGGGAAAGGUCGGUCCCUCCGGUAUUGAUCCAUUGUGAUAGUACCGCAGCUAUCGCUAAAGUUGAGAACCGGUUCUAUAACAGAAAGAAACGAUAGAUUCAUCGUAAGCACAGUACUGUAAGAGAACUCCUAACGAUAGGAGCAGUGAGGGUGGAUCAUAUAAGAUCCGAGCAGAAUCUAGCUGAUCCUUUGAUAAAAGGAUUACCUAGAGAGAAAGUCCAGAAUACCGCCAAGGGUAUGUGACUUACGCCAACCGAGCCACGGACUACAAGUGAUGGUAACCCGACCCAAUAGACUGGAGAUCCCAAGAAAUGGGUUCAAUGGGUAAUAACAAGUCAUGAGUAGUAUGCAAAAAGUUCAUGCAUAGUGAAGCAUGGAUCCCAAAGCAAUGGAGGUUGAGUUAACAACUCUUAAUGAGAUCUAUACCCUAUGUGGGGUGGAGUACUUUACUUUGGGGGUACUCCUGAUAGACUCACCUAUGUGAAUGUGGGAGUGGGGCCACCCCCUAUGGAACUUUGGAGGCACAAAGUUGCUAGAGCGUUCACUAAACCAGGAUAACGUGCAUGGUCAUAAACGCAUGGGCUAAGAAGAGAACACAACUCAAUGAAAAGAUCUGGUGUGCUACACUGUCUGAGAUAGGGUUCAAGACUACGAAUCACCCUUAUGAAAUCGGAAGUGUAACCACUACGCUAAGGUUCAAAUCUUCGCGAUACCUUAACUUAUGCCCGAUCUUAUAGAACUGUGUAUGCGAAGAGAUAGUUUCAAAACUAUUCAAGUGGAGGAUUGUUGGAAAUGAAUGAAUAAUGAAUAGCUUUGAAAGCUAUAAGUCUCAAAGGAAAAACUACCACAUUGGUAGUUUUACUCUUAUGAUAUGUGUAUAAGAAUAGGAUCCUCUCUCCUAAGGGCAUGCCCCUUGGGGUGACCCACUUUUGUGGGUGAGGGUGGACCUAACGGACCACCACGCACACACGCACGCGCCGUUCGACCGGCCGGCUGGUCGGUUGGUUGGGUGGGUGGGCGGGUGGGUACUAAUAUUUUUUUAUAGAAAUUCCAAAAUUAUUAAUUAAUUAUUACUUGAUUAUAUUGUAUCCUUAACAGAUACGAAGAUAAUCAUUCAAAAGAAAUAUUCGAAGGAUAAUUAUGUCAGGAAUUAUCUUAUAAACGCGUUUUAGUUAAGGAAGUAAUUAUCUUCGUUAAUUAAUCCGGCUUAUUCCCCAAGUAAAGAGGGUAUAUUCCUAGGGGUUCGGCUCAUAUAAAUAGCUGCCUCCCCAGCCCCUCUAAACACACCACAACGAGCAGAAACACAAUAUAGAGAGUGUUCAAAGAGCUCCGGUUUUCGCACAAAACCGCCGAGCAUUCGAGGAGUUGUUUUAUUCUGGAGAAGACCGGUUGAUAGUCUGCCGUGCACAUCGAGGACAGUGCCGCAAACGUCUUAAAUAAAGCGCCCUAGUCAGCGACUCGGCUCCAGAUUCGAUAACCUCAUUCUUGUUGUUGUUCCGUUCCUAACAAUUUAUUUUUUGGUGAUUAUUCCCGUAUACUGUUUGGUUAAUCUGAGAGCAACCUUCGGUUUCUGUUCAUGCAACUUUGCAUUCGAUGGUUCUGAAAUUCUGUGUUCGUGUAACCGCCAUUAGUGAAAUUGGUACACGAGUCAUUGAGGUUUGCCAUCAUGGUUAUUCAUUCCCAUGCAUGUGAAGUAAAAUUGCAAAGGAAGAAACAAAAUUUCGGUUCCAGUAAGGAAAAUGUAUAUACAUAUUUCUCUUGUCCCUGUUUGUAUAUGUGGCUGCGUUAGACAAAAAUUGCAGUAUGGAUAUAUUGCAUUAGACUGUUGAUUCCCGGUUACAUAUGGAUCGAUGGUUUUGGUAACUUUCUGUCCCUGGAUAAAAUUAUCUUACCAAAUUUGGUUUCAAUUUGUUGAUUUGUGUUUCGGUAUCUCAUCUUAUAAUCAUGAAUAUAUAUAGUAGGCUCGGUAUAUAUCUUGCUAUAUAUAAUUGUUCGUUGUGAAUAUAUAUAUAUAUAUAUAUAUAUAUAUAUAUAUAUAUAUAUAUAUAUAUAUAUAUAUGGUUCAGGCUGGCAUACACCUGACGUACGCUAUACGCCUGUGUUCACACUUAUAUAUUAAUUAUUAAUUGUCUUUAAAUUAAUUAUAAUGAUAAUUACAAUCGUAAUACCCAUCAAUUAAUUGUUUGUUCGUUUUAGUCCCCAUCAAUUUCUACCAUCCAUCAAUUUCAUCAUAAGUGAGAAACUGCUUUUCGUGUCCAAUUCUCCAUCCCUCUAUCCCUUCAUUGGCGAACCAGAAAUCUACGGCUUUCUCCUCCGUCCUUUUCGAUCUUCCGAAAAAUUAUCUCCCCCACUAUAUUCUGACUGACCCGCCAUCGUCUUCUUUAUGAUCCCAACUCGCCAUCUCACCCUUGUCCAAAUUAGACCACCAAUCCUGUACAAUAUCUAUGUUUUCUCAUCUCUUCGAUUCAAAUCCCGUGCGCAUUCAACCGUCCGCAAUUCGCGAUUCAUCGAUCAAGCCGGUGGGAUAAACUAAUUUGUAGAAACUUUAAGGAGCAAGUCAUAGAGUAUUUGAAGCAUGCUGUUCAGGAAAAGGUUGUCCCUUUCACGUGCUGGCAACUUUAAUACCCAGCUCAAGUACGAGAAGAACCCUAAAAUCCGAACAAAACACACUUGACAAUGACAGUGCCUUGAUGCAAUGAAAAUCUUGAUAUAGAAAAAGUACGGUUUCUCUCUUUCCCUUGUCUAUUUCAAUAUCUAUGUACUUUUAUAGCUUAAUUCCCUUUCAUGUCUAUGGAGCUUUCGUUUAGGUCUUGAUUUCGUGUUGUAUGGUCCCCUUCUCAUAAUUAUUUGUUCUUGUUGCUGAUGAUCCUUGUGUGAUGGAUUCAUGAAAACGCACCAGAACUAACAAUUAUUAAGUAGCAUUAGGUUGCAUGUGAUAAUGUAUGUUUAGUCUCCAUCCACAAGAGCCUCCAGUGAGUCUAUACAAGUUGCAUGCCUAGUUUGGGUAUAUUUGAUUUCUCUAUAUGCAGGACGAGCUAGAUAAUCUUGCCAAAAGUUUCCCUGGCCGCUUCAAAGUGUACUAUGUUAUGAACCAUAUGUAUUUUCUCUUUAGAAUUAAUCCUUGUUCUCCUAACUCCCACCAGCAGCAGAUGUUCAGUCGAUUUGAUCGAGUACUCCCCAUCACUUUGCUCUUUCUUUCUUAUCCCCAUUUAAGCUUUGUAAACUGGUUUCUCGUUGUUCUGACCUUGUAGAUAUUGAUAUGUGGCAGCUGAUCACCUAGACGCUUUUGGGUUUACUACCUAAAGUGCAGUUCCAGUUUUGAGAAAAGCUUGCUGUUGGAUAUCAGCUUUUUAUCGGGUUACCAUAGAGCAAUUGAUUUGACUAUCAGGAAGCGACGCUACAACUUAUCAUUUUUUUCUUGGCUUAUAAGACCAGUUGCAUAAUUUUUGAACAGAUGUAGCUGAUUAUUAUAAUAUUAUUAUGAAUAGCGGGCCUCCUAUUACCCACUUUAAAACCAGAUUAAACUCAUUUUUAGAACAUAAAAUAUACCCCCAAUGUUUUCUCUAAAGAUAUGCAGGCUAUUGCUUAUUGAUUAUUAUGUAGUCAGGGAAUUGUGCUGGAAUACUCUGCACUUCAUUAAUUGUAUGAUUAAGGUGAAGGUUAAUCUGGUUUUAAAGUAUAUGCAAAUGGGCUCAAGGAAAGCUCUUGUCACUAGAGAAUGACAACCAGUAAUAGUUCCAUACUGCGUCAUCGACAAAACUUUGAAUCAGUAACCUUAGUAAUUUCAUAAUACAUCACUAGCAAAACUAGGUGACAUCACAUCUCACAGAAAAGUUGACUUAAAAUAAGCUGGUGAUACUGCCGCUUACGUUUAUACUGUGAAGUCAUUACGAUUUACAAACCUGUGGUGAGAAAAUCCAACCGUCCAAUCCAAACCGAUCCAUAUGUGAUGAGAAAAUCCAAUUUUAUGGCGGGAUAUAGAUUUGAAUUUUUGAAAAAUGUAGCAUUGUGGUUGGUUGCGAGUUUUGAUGGUUAUCCAAGAUUACCCAAACAGACCUGUGAUAGUACAUUAUACAUCAAAGUCUUAUAUAUUUUAUAUAUUCCUCCAAUCACAAAUCUCUUACGUUACGCAUGUCAUUCGUUUACAUAGUUAAAAUUGAUAAAUUGUAAAGUUAAUUACUUAUUAAAGUGUGCUCACUCAAGUGGAAUAUUAUAAUCAGUGAAAGAGGAAGGUGGAGAGAAGUGGGUCCUAGGAUCCCAGUUAACAAAAAAAAGAAGACAACAAAACUCUUUAAUAAUAGUGUUUAGUAUAAUAUUUCAAGUUUAGGAUUUCUUACUCGUCGAUAUUAGUUCACUUAAGGACCCCAAUUAACUUAAAGUUUAUUAGAUACAAAGGUUAUAGUAUUAUUGAAUUUUUAAGGACCCCAAUGUACUCAAAGUCUGGAUACGCUACUGAUUAUAAUAAUUAUUGUACUUGUCUAGUAUGAAUACACAUUUUACUAUGGUAUUUUGUUUUGUUGUUUCAUAUUAUGGGAGGACGCCGACGAGGUAGUUUCCUUUGAGAAAGAAUUUGUAGAUUGUUGUGUUGGGAUUUGAAAGGUGUGAAUGGGAAUGAAAGGGAAAGAAGCCA